CGUUCGUCGGUUUGUCUUCCUCUCCAACUGUCCUCAGAACGACUUGCAGGCUGGGAAUAUUCAGUUGCCAUAUUCAUCGUUCUGAAUCUCGCAGCUUUCCUUUUCAUCCUGGCAGCUUACAUUUUCAUUAUACUCACGGUCUUUAAAUCACAACGGAGAAUCACGUCCAACGGAGAAUCCAAUACCAGCCUCAACAGAGAGUCGACGCUCGCACGGCGAGUGUUCGCCAUCAUCUUAACUGACUUCAGUUGCUGGGUCCCUGUAGUAAUCCUGAGCAUUCUUGCUCUCUUUGGUAAAUUCAAAGAUCCUGACGGGACGGUUUAUGUGUGGUUUGCUGUUCUUGUUCUGCCAAUCAACUCCUCUGUUAAUCCUGUUCUAUACACGUUUUCAACGCCGAAGGUACUUGUUAAACACCCACAAAGUUGAUUUUUAAAAAGUCUUGGGUCACGUUGACACUGUAUUUACUUGGAGGUAGGGAGGGCUGCCCAGUUAAGUGAGGUUCCCCGUGAAGCCAGCCUUUCAAUUAAGACAACGCGUUGAAGAUGAUUAACACGCUAGAUAAGAAAACCCGCCAGCCAGCGGUACCAUUCAAAGAGGUUAUCUUUUUGUCAUGUAAACGGUAUUGUCAUGCAGGGCUCUUUGAUUCCGAGUAGUUCCCAACAAAUCAGUGAUACCUGUGGAACAGAAAGUUUGUGAAUCUGGAGACGUCACUGUAGUGGGUCAAUCGCAAUUAGGUCAAAAGGCUCAUGAACUAGUCUGACGUGAACGUAUUUUUUCUGUCUGCCAACUUAACUUAUUUCCUCGCCACUCUGCUGGCCAUACCGCUUAGUAGAGUUACACUUCAGGGCGGGCAAUGAUUUAGCCCUCGUACCAGGGUAACCGGGCUAGGCGAAGCACCCGGCAUCCUAUUACAGAUGCCAGGAAACCAAUCAUUAUUUAAGUACAAUUAAACAAUCAUGCACAGGAAUUUUGAAGCAGAUAAAGAAUAUAAAACAAAAUUAUAGCUCAAAUUUUCUUAAACUAGCUAGGUUGUGACUCAUUACAUCAUCACCAUGUAAUCAGGGCUAGGUUGAAUUUAGAUAUAAAAGCUUAAAGCAAAUUCAGUUAUUCUUUUUGUCCUCAAUUUGAUGAGUGGAUGUUCUGAGAAGAAUAGAGAAAUUAUCUGGAAAAAUGAUUUUGAACCAAUGGUACGGAAAUCCGGUUUAAAAUUUACUCCCGGCUUAGAGCUAAUCGGCCGUUGAACAAUUGAAGCUCUGAUUACAAGAAAUCAUGGUUUAAGAACCUUGGUUACAGUAAUUUGCACAUAUGUUGGUGUAAAACUUCUACUAAAAAAUCUUCAGUUUUUAGUUUUUUUGGUUUUAGGUGAGAGAUGUGUUGAAAGGCUGGGUUUGCCGUCUUCUUUGUUUUUUCAGUCAAAUGGGAACAUUCCAGUUUUUUGGUAAGGAUAAAUAUUGCAGAUGACAAGCUUAUUCUCGAUUACCAUUUCUGGUUAAAAACAGUAUAUUCAUCAGUCUAAUCAAGAUAAAGUUAAAGUUAAUUUGGUAACAUAAAUUGCCCCUCUUCAGGGGCACCCGACGGCUUCUUUCUGUAAAAUAUCUUUUAGGACUAAGCGGAUAUUACGUAGAAUUUUUCAAUUACUUGAGGACGGGUAAAAAUUUCUAAUUGACCGUUCCAUUCAUGUACAAUUUUCGAAGCGUAGCUAAUAAAUGCGCUUCGUAUUUCACUCCCCAGGCUAGGCUAUUUUCGUAGAAAAAGGGGACCUAAAAUUUUCGGAUUCGAAAAUGUGAUGGAGAGGGGAAUCAGAAAAAUUCUCACAUUCGUAAUACGUUAAAUUGUAUCCAAAAUUUUCGAAUAAUGAAUCCUGAAGCCCACUUCUUAAAGACUCCAGUUCACCUAGGAUGACUGAAUAGAUACAAAUUUUAUAGGGCCACUUAGAGUGCAUUUUUUCUAGAGCUGUAAAAGUACUCUGGACAGCCUAAAAAGUGUUUUCAAUGUAUUUAGGAGGAAACCGUCGUUGGGUGCCCCUGACUCUUGUUCCUAAUGCCAUUGCUGUUUUUGAAUCCAUGAUCGUUAGCUCCUCUAAGACCUUAAAGUCACUCAUGUAA